UUCAUCCUAUCUGGACUUAUUUUGCUUCUAAUGAUCUUACUAAAACUUAUAUUUGUUUACAAUAUAAAAAUGAUUAUUCUUAUCCUAAGUCAACAAAUGAAUCAAAAUUAAAAAAUUAUUUUAUGAUUAAAUAUUCAGAAAUUUGGAAUUUUAUUAAAAAAAAUAAGAGAGGAUGUAAGAAGAAAACUAAGCAACUUACUUUUCAUCAAGAAGUUUCAUCUCCUAUUGAAGCAACUUAUGAAUCUGUAGUUCAAUUUCAAGAUCAAAUAACUAAUGAUAAUCAAAUUUCGAUUCAUGAAAAUACUAAUAGUAUUCAAUCAGUUAAUACUUUUAAUAUUAUUAAUAAUAUUAAAAGUAUUGAAGUUAAUAAUAGUAAAAAAAUUGAAAUUGAAUUUGAAUAUAACAAAAUUUUAGUUACUGAAAACUUAUACAAUUUGAAAAUGUUUAAAAGAAAACAAUUUCAAAGAGAAAGAGAUAGUGAAGAAGAAGUUGUUGAAAAAAAGCAAGUUUUAAGUUGGUCAUUAAAUAAUGCUAUUAGAGAUGUUUCUAACAUAAAGAAAUCUAUUAAAAAGUUAGAUAAAUAA